CAGAUCACCCCAAUAUCAAAUUAUAGGAAGUUUUUAGAGCCCUAUUGGGUAGUAGGUAACCAUGAGAACAUCAACAACAUCCAUGAAAUUAUACAAACCGAAAGCUUAAGUUACAUCUUCUUUAAGAAAUCUUCAGAGGACCUACAUAGCUACAUUAGAAGGAGAUCCAAGUUAAAAGAGGAUGAAGUAUGCUGGCUGUUCACUCAAAUUGUUUCAGCUGUUAAACACUGCCAUGACAAUGGUGUUGUACUAAGGGACCUCAAGUUAAGAAAAUUUGUCUUCCAAGAUAGUAAUUGCACUCACCUCCUUCUUGACAACCUUGAAGAUUCCUGCAUACUAGCUGAUCAGAACAAUGACCUCCUCACAGACAGACAUGGCUGCCCAGCGUAUGUCAGUCCUGAAAUCCUCUUCUCGGUUGGAGGAUAUUCCGGAAAACUGGCCGACGUCUGGAGUUUAGGAGUUAUUUUCUACACCUUCUUGGCAGGGAAGUACCCUUUUCAUGAUUCAGACGUCGGGGCUUUGUUUAAGAAAAUCAGACAGGGGGUGUAUCCUGCUCCGGUGGGAGCCACAAGCAAAAGCAAAUGUCUUCUAAGGAAUUUAUUAAGGGUUGAUUCUUCUGAGAGGAUGGGCAUCGAUGAGAUAUUUGCACAUCCCUGGUUU